UAGCGAUUUGCACACCAACAUCUAGACUUGCGUUAUCAUUAAAGAACACAUAAUCAAAAAUUCAAUUUAAAUCGAAUCAUGUUGUUACAAUGUUCACACUUAUCUUACCUAUACCUCUCAUGAAUGAUCAAAGAUUUGGUAAAUACAUCAAGUAAUUAUAAGACUUGCAACACAGUCGUUGCUGUUUAAUUGAUUGGUUCGGUUGAAGUGAUUGGAAAUAGUGAUUUUUUUACUUCCAUCGAAUGUUCUUUUGAUCUGGGUUAAGUGAGUAUCACUUAUUCACGUCGAUAGACAUUCAAACCGUUGCAUCAUUGGUGUCUUAUAAAUCAAGUGCAGCUGGGACAAGCUUAACAAUAUGAAACGAAGCACAAAAAUAUGGGUCGCAGUUGUAAUUGCUAUCGUACUAGUGACUGCUGCUGUUACUACGGUCCUGUUACUUAAUAGAGAACAACCAGUCAGAAACAAGAAAGUGAUACUUGUUAUUGUCGACGGAAUACCAGCUGACGUAAUUGAAAAUGCCACUGUCCCGAACAUGAGAAAACUCGGUGCAUAUAAGAGAUCUUACACCGGGGGUGAGAUCUCAGGUUAUUCGCAAACACCCACUAUAUCUGCUCCAGGCUAUAUGAAUGUCAUCACUGGGACGUGGGGAAACAAACAUAAUGUUUACGACAAUUCGGUUGACAAUCCUAAUUACAAUUACUGGAAUAUUUUUCGUUUACUGAAAGAACAACAACCCGAUCGAAAAAUUGGAAUUUACUCUACUUGGCUCGACAAUCGUGUGAAACUCAUCGGUGAAGGCUUACCAAUGGCAGGAAAUAUCACUUUUGAUUACAAAUUCGAUGGAUACGAACUGGAUACAAUUCAAUAUCCUCACGAUGCGGAAAGUCUCUAUAUCAAACUUAUCGAUGAACGUGUUGUCAACGAAACUGCCACAUCUAUCGCAAACGAUGCACCCGAUCUUUCCUGGGUCUAUCUCCAGUAUACUGAUGACAUGGGACAUAUGUAUGGUGAUAGUACAGAAUUUUAUCAGUCGGUCGCUGAUGCUGAUCUACUCAUCGAACAGAUCGUUGAAUCAGUGGAUCAUCGAAUUGAAAAUUGGAACGAGGAUUGGCUGGUUAUUAUUACAACUGACCACGGUAGAAGUCCUGAGACUGGAUACGGACAUGGGGGACAAUCGGAAAGAGAGCGCACAACUUGGAUAUUUACGAAUUUAGAACAGACAAACAGCUAUUUUGAUAAUUACGUACCUGCUGCUGUGGAUAUCUUUCCCACAAUGGCACGAUUUAUGGAUAUUGAAAUCCCAACGGAAUUGCUAAGAGAAUUGGAUGGUGUACCAUUAAUGGAUAAGGUGUCAUUAGCUCAACCAUCGCUAACUUUAUCUGAAAACCUGUUGCAUAUUACAUGGAAAGCGAUCGAUAAUGCGGGCGAUGUAAUUGUGUGGCUAUCACUUACAAAUUCUUUUCAAGAUGGAACUGCAGAUGACUAUCAACACAUUGCAACAGUUCCAGUGGGAAGUCAACAGACUACUAUAAACAUCACAAACCAUCCGUCGCAGUUCUUUAAAGUCGUUCUAGAAGGACAAUACAAUACGGUUAACAAAUUUAUUUUUAUUACGUAAAAUAGAACCAAUAAUUUUUUCAUGUCUU